AUGUCGGACACUCAGGGAAAGGUCAUUACUUGCAAGGCUGCUGUCGCCUGGGAGGCCGGCAAGCCCGUCUCGAUCGAGGAGAUUACGGUCGACCCGCCCAAGGAGGGAGAGGUCCGCAUCAAGGUCCUCUACACCGCGCUCUGCCACACUGACCUCUUCACCCUCUCUGGAGACGACCCCGAGGGCGCCUUCCCGGUCGUCCUCGGUCACGAGGGCGGAGGAAUCGUCGAGUCGGUCGGCGAGGGCGUGACGGAUGUCAAGGUCGGAGACCAUGUCGUUCCCCUCUACACGGCCGAGUGCCGCGAAUGCAAGUUCUGCAAGUCGGGCAAGACGAACCUUUGCGGUGCCGUGCGUGCGACGCAGGGUCAGGGCAAGAUGCCCGACGGCACGCGCCGCUUCAAGUGCAAGGGCAAGGAGCUCCUCCACUUCAUGGGCUGCUCGACCUUCUCGCAGUACACCGUCGUCAGCAAGUACUCGGUCGUCGCCAUCACCGACAAGGCCCCCCUCGACAAGGCUUGCUUGCUCGGCUGCGGCUUGACGACCGGCUAUGGUGCUGCUACGAAGACGGCCAACGUCCAGGAGGGCGACAACGUUGCGGUCUUUGGCCUCGGCGCCGUCGGCCUCGCCGUCAUCCAGGGCUGCAAGGUCCGCAAGGCGAAGCAGAUCAUCGCGAUUGACACGAACCCGGGCAAGAAGGACUGGGCGAUGAGCAUGGGCGCGACCGAAUUUAUCAACCCGCUCGACCUGGGCAAGGACAAGUCGAUCGUCGAUGUCCUCGUCGAGAAGACGGAUGGCGGUUGCGAGCACACCUUCGACUGCACCGGCAACGUCCAGGUUAUGCGUCAGGCUCUCGAGGCGUGCCACAAGGGCUGGGGCGUUUCGACCAUCAUCGGCGUCGCCGCCGCCGGCAAGGAGAUCUCGACGCGUCCGUUCCAGCUCGUUACGGGCCGCAAGUGGCAGGGAUCGGCGUUCGGUGGUGUCAAGGGCCGGACUGAGCUUCCUGGCCUCGUUGACGACUACCUCGCUGGCAAGCUCACCGUGGACGACUAUGUCACUCACCGGACGACGCUCGACAAGAUCGACCAAGGGUUCGGGUUCAUGCACGAAGGACAGUGCAUCCGUUGCGUUGUUGACAUGUGGGCGUAG